AAAAAUUCUCGUUUUCUUUCCUUCUCCCUAAAAAAAUAAUUACUCGACUCCCUCACGAUGCUCAUCUUACGGCACAACACUUUAUCAUCUGAGGAUCUUUUUGUCAUUGAACGAUGCAUGAUCAAGGUGCUUGAUCCCAAGUACAUUGUGAAAGACUUAAACGACUUUACCGUGCUGGACAAGUCUCGUGCAGAAUUAUACGGGUUUAUACUUGGUUUUACAGAACGACUUGGAUUAUGCGAGUCGAUCGGUAUCUCCCCCUCUGAAUUCCUGGAUUUCCUGAUUGAUGUGGAUCAUGGUUACUUGCCUAACGCGUAUCAUUCGUUUUAUCAUGCAGUCGACGUCGCCAUUGUUUUGUAUCAUAUGCUUUGUCAAUAUGAUGUCGCCACCUAUCUCUCGCGUAUAGACAUGGCUGCAUUGCUCAUCGCUGGAUUAUGUCAUGAUAUCGGCCAUCCUGGAAUGAACAAUAACUACCAAGUCAACCUAAAGACGGAUCUAGCCGUACGAUACAGUAACAAAUCCGUGUUGGAGAGUUACUCCUGCACAAUCACCAUGGAUCUACUCAGUCGACAUAAACUAUUACGCCAUUUGGAAUCGGCCAGUGGAUUAUUAGGGUUACCUACGACGGAGCCAGAAUUGCGUACUUCCAUAAUCAAAAUGAUUUUAGCAACCGAUAUGAUUUUCCAUUAUGAAUUACAAGAGAAUUUAGCUAAUCUGUUGGAAAUCAUCUCGGAUGCUUCAUCUCAUACGGAAGAUGGUAAGCGCUCAUUCCCACAUCAACCUUCCUUACCCACCACAACAGAAGAAGAAGAGGAAGAAGAAAGUGCUUCUGGAUCGCCAAUGCAACACCCUUGCUGUCAGCAUAGACCUUUAUCUACUAUUCCCGAGAAUAAAAAAGUAGAGAUUGUAACACCCAUAGAAGAAGAACAUAGUGAGAGUGAUGGAGAAGGGGAUGUUCAAGUAAAAGACAUCUUUUCGAGUCAAGGAGCUAAAAGUGCCAUCUCGUAUUUCCGUAAAAAGUCUUAUUUUGAAGAAGACAUGAUUCCACUGUGCUUAAAAACAAUGCCUAUUUUACCAGCUAGUCCCGAAGAGGAAGAGGAAGAAGAAGAGCCUGAUGAAACUAAACGUCAUCACCAUCUAUCGGGUAUUGAUCUGGUGACGACCACCAUGAACGUGAAUGGCAUUGACAAAAUCAUUUAUACGCCACCGAAUUAUAUCAUGGAGCCUCAACAACGAUUGAUUCUCUGCCAGAUCAUCUUGCACGCAGCUGAUAUUUCCAAUGCGCUCAGACCAUGGCCCAUCUGUCUCAGCUGGUCCAAUCUGGUCUGCGAAGAAUUCUUUCGUCAGGGAGACGCCGAGAGAGAAAAUGGCUUAGAGGUUUCUCCUAAUAUGGAUAGAAAUGCAACCAGUCAAACCACCAUUGGAUUACGCUUUGGCGAUUUCGUCGUCAGUCCUUAUUUCGAAAUAUUCGCCGCUUUAUUCCCAAAAUCAGAUGAACUAUUAAAAACGUUGGCAGAAAAUCGUGAACAUUGGUUGGUCAUGGAAGAGGAAUUACAGCGAAAUAAUCAACAAGCUUAUGAGGAAAGCUUGCCUUGGGAUACGGACGAGGAUCAACAAAAUCAACGCUUACCUUCCAGCAUGUUACCCGAUAGACCCAUCAUCAAUCCUUCCGGUAGAAGAGUUAGUGUCGCUGCAGGUAUGGUCGUCAUUCCUGAUGAAUUGGAAGAACGCACCAUCGGUUCAGGAAAAUACAAGAGGAAAUAUUGGGGUGUUAGAAGCGUCAGUCAUAGUGAUAUCUCUUCCAACGACCAACGGCAUCGCAAUGACGUCGUUAGAAGACGAAAAAGUGAAGAACCCAGCCAGAUUAAAAAUCGCAAUUUACGAACCGAUCCUUCUUCUCCUAGAAGAUCUCUCAGAGCAAACACCUUGAAUAACUUAAUACAAGAAGAAAAAUAACUCUUCUUUACCCCUACUUCCCCUAGCUCCACUCACACACACACACAUAUAUAUAUAUCUUAUCUUUAAUAGCAACCCUGUAAAUAUAUUUAUUUUUUAUUUUUU